AUGGGCCAGAGUUUCCAUGAGCUCAUCGACGGCGAUCACGGCUUGGUGUUCAGGGUAGAGCCCAUCCGGGCUAUCCCUCAAGUACGCAGCCAGUUGGCGCAGUCUGGCAGGUCCAGUCGAUGCGUAUUGCUACCUCGGUAUGACGAGGCCAGAGUGCUGCUUGACAAGUUUAUCGACAACGUGAGCUACAUCCAUCAUGUCGUUCAUCACCCUUCACUGCCUGGCGUUAUCGACGAGCUGUACCAGCAGAUUGCCCAUCAAGAGCCCGUUAAGCUUGGGCCCUUAGUCUUGCUGCUCAGCAUUAUUGCCAGUACGACGUAUGUGUGGGGAUCGCACGAUGAUGUCCCUCAUGGGAACUUUCUCUUCUCGUCUUCAGCCCAGGCUAAUGCGCAAACCUCCUUAUGGAUUAAGGCGACGUAUGAAAUACUCAAUGGAGGGGAGAAUGGCCCGCCCGUUGAGCUCGAGACGAUUCAGGGGAUCAUUAUCAUAUCUAUCCUGCUUUGCAAUCUCGAAGGCGUCUCACUGCGAUAUCGUUCCUUGAUUUCCACAGGGUUGUUGAUAGGUCGUGAGAUAGGUCUUCAUCGUACCGACCACGAGUCAAAUGCGACCAUUCCCAAUGCCAUAUCAAUGGAGAUGGGUCGUCGAGUGUGGUGGUACUUGGCAGCCACGGAUUGGCUCUUAGCUGCGAGAUAUGGCGGCCCUGGAGAAGGUGUAUACCAAACAAACAGCGACCACAUGAUGGUAAAGAAGCCACGUAACAUUAAUGAUGUGGAUCAAGUUGACGGCGGAGCCAAUUUUGACUUGCCCGUUACCCAGCUGACCGAUAUGUCGUACUUUCUCCAGCGAAUUCGCUUGGCUGAGAUAUCACGCAGUAUCAUCGACCAGCACCAUGACUUCCGAGCCACGGCUGGCUUCGGUCUGUCGAGUUACCACACCUAUGCGACGGCUAUGGGUGCCCAGCUUGAGCAAAUGAUGGAAGAAAUACCCUCCUUCCUCCGCCUGGACAGCUACAAAGGUAAUCCAGACUCCACAUCAAGCGCCACAUUUGUCCAGGCCUAUAUGCUCAAUUCUAUCAUACACACUCAGCGAUGUAAAUUACAUCUCAGCUACCUCACGUCCAGGCUCAUAAAUGACCCAACUCACGUGUCGUGGCGCGAGAAAUGCCUUGAAUCAGCACGUCACAUCAUCCAUGCAGAGGCUCAAUUGGAGAAAACUCAACACCACUUCGUCAUAAUCCGUCUACGAUUAUCUGGCAUUCUCUAUGGCGUCUUCAUGGCGGGAAUCGUGCUACUAAUGGAUGCCUGCGUCAACCGGCCGGGCCUACACCUGGGCGAUGUAUGUCGCAGCGAGGAGGCAGCUGAGGCGCUACGCAUAAUUGACAGUGCUAGAAGCCAGUCGCUCGCAGCAGCGAACCUGCAUAACUUGUUGAUGCAAGUACUAGCUAAGUAUCGUGCCCAGCAGUUGCAGCAAAGCGAAUUGUUGCCUGAGCCAUCACCACUACAGCUAUCAGGCAUGUCUGCUGUCGCUUCAGUUACCCAGGUAACGGGUCCUAUGAAGUCGUCAAUACCUGGAAGAAACCUUGAACCACCGCACCCUAUGGCGAAUUCUACUCAAAUAGUUACUACAGGCUUGGACAGCGGUCUGAUUAGGGAAGAAGCUACGAUUACAUCCCCUGGUCGACAGGCUACUAUAAACGGCCAACCAACGUGGCAGAGUAACCAACUAGCACAGAGCUUGGGUGGGCUAAUGGACCUCGAUGGCCUCCCAUGGGAUGAUCUACUUUCUGGAAUGGACUCAACUUCGUUUGCUUUUUGA